AUGGACCUCAAGAUAGUAGGACCUGGGUGCACUGCUCUUCAUGCUCAUUACAUGAAAGAUUGUGCCGACAAUGAGAAGAGUGGGAUAUUGGUUAGGUUCAAGGGUAUUUAUAUGUUGAAUUCAUCAGAUUUUGAGGUCGGGCUUGUGAGAUCAUUGUUUGUAGAAGCUAAGGCUAAGGACAUCCCUGUGGGCUUUCUUGAUCCACAACUGAUGUCACUGGAUAGCAUAAAGUUUGAUAGAGCAGCUGUUCUGCAGUAUGUGCAAAAAGCCUUCACCAAAUAUACCGGCAAAGACUUCAUAAUGUUUGCCUACAACUCUGGUGGCCAUUGGGUCGUUCUGAUAGUAAUUCAAAAGUGGAAUAAAGUGAUAUACCUUGAUUCCAACAAAUCUGGAAACCAUGAUUUCAGCAUGUUAAAAUUGUUGAUUGAUGAGGCUUUUGCAACACACACAAGCAAGAUGAAAGACAAACCAAAGCCAUUGACACAUGCUGCUAAAUAUGCGUGCCACCAACAAUCUAUUUCCGGCAAAGGAUCUAGCUUCUAUGCUGCACACCUGUAA